ACACAAGAAUGCAAUGUUCUGAACAAACAUCAUCAAUGGCAUUCUGCCAGUUGGAUUAAUUUACAAUAGGGAAUUGAAAAGUUAACAGUUUGUGUUAAACUUCAUCGUAAGUAACUCUCACAGGGGAUCUCAGAGUUCAUAGGCAAAGAGUUUACAACAGUCCAGGAGAAAAGACGACAAAGACUAGUCAAGUCAGGAAAUGCUGAAGUAAUUAAACCAAUGUGACAAAUUGGGUCAAAAUAAUAGGCGAUUUAUAAAUUCUAAAGAGACAACUAAAUCUUCGGACGUCAACAACUUGAACUUUUGUAUUUCUUCUGGAACCAUAUUCGUCCCCAGGGACAAUGUCUGUGAAACUGCACUUUGCCUCUCCUGCUGAUUCUAGUGGGCUCAACCGUAGCCGUUCGUUCACUGGCUUUAGUUCCGUGCCAAGCAGACGAUCACAAGGUUCUUUUGUCAGUAGAAGUUCUCCAAUGUCAAGAGUCUCCUCAGUAAAAUCCACAACGAGGCUUGUAACCUCACAAAAAAACUCCAGCAGCUUGGAGCCACGGCCAAUUCGUGUGGAGAAAAUAUGCAAGUCAUUGCGGAAAGGCCUAAACAACUAUAUAGAAUCACGCCAGAAUGAGUUAGAUUUGCUGACCAUGCAACAGAAAGACAUGAAGAGAAACUCCAGAUUGGCUUUUUUAUAUGAUCUAGAUAAGCAAAUUAGAACUACCGAGAGAUACGUCAGGAAAUUGGAAUUUCACAUCAGCAGGAUAGAAGAAUUAUACGAGUCCUACUUCAUCCAAUGGCGUCUACGCAAUGGGGCAAACAACAUGAGAAGAGCUUACUCAAUAACACCUUCCACCAAAGGAUCACGGGAAACACUGCUGGAGAUUAAUAGGAACUACAGGUUAUGUACAGAGGAUAUGUGUGUGAUAGAGAAAACACUGGAGAUUCUUCUUGGGGAAUUUCACAUCAGAAUGAAAGGUUUGAUUGGUUUUGCGCGUUUAUGCCCAGGUGAUCAUUAUGAGGUAUUGAUUAGGUAUGGUCGACAGAGAUGGAAAUUAAAAGGAAAAAUUGAUGCUGAUGACAGACAAACAUGGGAUGAAGAGGAGAUGGUCUUCCUUCCUCACCUUAAUGAAGAUAUUGAAAUAAAGGUAGCUGAAAUGAAAGGGCUGAUGACUGUUUUGGUUGGAACAGUGACUUGUGAAAGUGCAGAUUUCUUCACAGCACAGCCUCAAAUAAUGAUCGUGGAUAUUACUGACCUGGGUACCAUUAAACUCCAGCUGGAAGUCACAUGGAAUCCAUUUGAUGCUGAUGAAACAUCAGUAACCUCUGGCUCAGUUUCCAAAUUCUCUUGGCCAAGUAGAAAAGGCUCUGUGUAUAACUGGACACCACCCAGCACCCCCAGCUUCAAGGACAAGUACUUCUCUCACAUUAGACAAGAGGACAAACUGCCUUCAUUAUAUCAGGAAACAAAAGGAACUUUAAUUUUUAAUCACUCAGGAAAUUGUUUCCACAAUACACAUUUGUCAUCUGUGCCUGAAAAUGAAAAAUUUUAUAAUUAUGCAAACUUAGAUAAACAAGGAGGCAAUGACAACGGAUAUGGUGCAGUAGAUUUCCAAGAAGUAUCUCAAUCUCUCCAGGACAGCCUCUCUACAGAAAGAACUGUGCAACCACCACACGUAGAACCAACAACUCCAGAUCAAGGAGAAUUUCAAAAGGAUUCACCACGAGCAAGACAAUUACAGAGUUGUUCAGCAUUGGCAGAAUCUGUUUUGCACAAGGGACCACAGCUGAGGCUUAGGAGACCCACUGGGAAACCUGCUGGACAGGAGUCAACUGGCCAAGCCUGGAGCACAGAUAUUACAGAUCCAUUGAAUUCACAAACAUCUUCGACAAUAUCCUGUACACACAGAAGUAGUGCUUCAAUCUGUUCUGAAAAUCUCAAGGCAAAUUUCACUUCAGUAGAUAUAGGAAACAUCCUUCAAGAAAUAUUGAUCAUCCUGAGGACAGACCAAAGAAACUAUAAAGAAAUACAAAAUCUAGAGCAGCAGAUUCUGCACUUAGGAGAUAUCCUUAAGAAAGAAGUUACAGUCAGCAGAAGUACAUCGACUGUCAGUCUGAGUGUUGAAACAGUGCUGGAAAGCUUCAACUUUCUAAAUGCUGACUCCAUUGAUAAUCUUUCAUACACUGGGAGUGUGAGGAUGAAGCCUGAAAGAAAUGGCACUUACAAUAAAAGUAACAGUUUUCAGUAUGGUGUGCUUACCAGGAGUGGAGAUUUGGGAAUGAAAACUGCGGGAAAUUUUGCACUGACAUCAAAGAAUCAGUGUCUUGAUAAAAUCCUAUUAACACACCUACAGGUGUGCAAGAAGCUUCUGCAGAGAUUUCCAUCAGUUGAUUCUGUUCUGGUCCUUCAGAACUGUAUACUGGAGGAGCUUUCACAGCAGAUCCUGGUGUUGGACACUCUGGCUCCUUUCUGUUAUGAGAAGUCAGCAAAUAUUAAAUCAGUGGAAGAAGUUAUUCCAAAAUCAAGGAAGAGAAAAUCAGUCCUGUCAUUUUGGCAUAAGUGCACAGAGGGAGAGUGUAUUUUACAUUUAUCAGCUGAACAGUUCCUCAUACAGCUAAGAAAUUGUUAUGUGCAGAAAGUGGCUGCAAAAUACCCAGGACAGACAGAGAGAGUAUUCAGAACACUUCUGCACCAGAUUAUCAGCUGUUGUGAAUUACUGCCUUGUCCCAAUGUCUCAGAGGAAUUGGUGACAGUUUUCCAGUUUUUCAACUACAUUCAGAAGUACAAUAUCACUCAGCUCGGAACCCAUUUGACCAGUCUAGCGAAGGAAGUGUUUCUACCUGAAGCAUUGCAUUCUACAUACAAGGUGAAGGCACUGAAAAAGUUAAAAGAAAAGCUUGUGUCGGAACUGCAACCACUGCAUCAAACGUUACAGUCCAUCAGUGUGCUUCAGUUGGAUGAGAAUCCCAAAGUUGCUCAGACUGCAAUCUCCUUUCUCAGGAGUGCUUCAGCAAACAACGUAUUUAGAACAAAGGCUUUGGCCUACUACACAGAAAGUUUGCAAGAAAAAGACGUGCAACACCAAAGAGCUGCCUGCGUGGCACUUAAACAGCUGAAGGCGGUGGAAAGCAUUGAGCAGAUCGCCAGCUUGUGUCAUUCUCAAGUGGCACACGUGCACAAUGUGGCAAGAGAAACCCUCAUCUCAUUUGGUGAAAAAGGUCGUUUAGCCUAUGAUGCAGUUGACAGACUUUGGAAGGAAGGCAUGAAGCAAAAUUCCACUACUCAAAUUACUAUCCUCUGAAUAUUGAAUUUUAAAAACCAUGUCAAUAUAUUUGUGUUAUAAUUGUGCUUAUACAGUAAUAAUAUUGUAUAAAGAUUUUAUCAACUGGUUAUUCAAAGGUCCAAGAUAUUGAUGUUCAAGACAAUAGCUACAUUUGGAUCAUACGAAAAAGCUGGACUUCCUUGUCUAUUGAUCAAACUUGCAAAUAUGCUGUAGACUGCAUAUCUUUAACAUUCUUAAAUAAAUGUUCAGAUUAUUUGGAAUAAACUAUGUUCAAUGUGUGAUUAAAGUUGCAUGAAGUAAA